AUCAAAUGAAUGGCAUCUUCUUCUGGAAACCCUAGCUAUUUUUAGCUUUGAUGAUCUAUACACCGUCCCUAACGAACGAUCGGCUCAGGUUUGAGCAUGAUGAAUCACUUCGUGCCGACCUGUUGCCAAUAAACUUUCCGGCCUCAUAUGAGAAUGGAAAACUGGAGCAUUUUCUGCAUCGGUGGAUGAAGAAUCGAGAAAAGAAUUUAUUUAUAAUAAAAUGAAAGGGUUUGUGCAUCUUCAACGGCCUCCUAAUUGGCUCCUAACUAUAAUAUAAAAAAUAUGACUCUUAACAAUUUAGUACAAAUUUAAAAGUAUGAACUUCAACAAUGCUCUCUAUAUUUUUCCUCUAUAUCAUAUUUUAGUCAUAUUGGCUCUACUAUAACAAAGAUCCAAAUUCAAAAGUGGGAUUAAAUUGGAGGGAAGGAAUUUUUUAUUGAUAGAAAUAAGUUAAGAGCUAUGGGAUGUCUCCUAACUUUAAGAAGAAUAUAAAGAGAAAUAAGAGGCUCCUAGUAGAGCCACUUAUAAGAGUCUUUUGGAACAAUUUUUUUCUCAUCCUCCUCAAAUUUCAAGUUAAGAGCCUAAGUAAAGAGCCUCUUGGAGACCCUCUAACUCUAUUUAAGUAUCUAUUUAAGUAGAUCACUUUGGGUAUCACAAGUGUAAACCACUUUAGUCAUGGACUGGACUUGGCUAGCAAUUGCAGUUGUACUUGCUUACCUUCUCCAGACAUGGUUGAAGAAGAAAACUAUAGGAAGAAACUUACCACCAGGUCCAAGAGGCCUUCCCAUAUUGGGACACCUCCAUCUGUUAAGUAAAAACCCUCACCAAGAUUUGCAAAAACUGGCUGAAAAACAUGGCCCUAUUAUGUCAAUGCGUUUUGGAUUUGUUCCAAACAUCAUUGUGUCGUCGCCUCAAGCAGCUGAGCAGUUUCUUAAGACCUAUGACCUUAAUUUUGCUGGGAGGCCUUCUCUGGAGGCUUCUAAGUACAUUUCCUAUGGCCAAAAAAACUUGUCAUUUUCAACAUAUGGUCCCUAUUGGCGCAAUAUGCGCAAGUUGUGUACACUGGAUUUACUCAGUAAUCUCAAGAUCAAUUCUUUUCAAUCUAUGAGAAAGGAAGAGCUUGAGCUGUUGGUAGAUGAUAUAAAAAUUGCAGCUCGGGAAAGAACUGCUAUUGAUCUUGGUACCAAGGUCUCUUCUAUGAUCUCAGAUAUGACGUGUAGGAUGAUUUUUGGGAAAAGAUUCGAGGACAAAGAUUUAAGAGGGAGAAGGUUCCACGCCGUGAUUCAAGAGGGCAUGCAGCUGGCAGCUACCUUUAAUCUUGGUGACUAUUUUCCUUAUCUUGGUGUACUUGAUCUACAGGGAAUGACUAAAAAAUUGAAGGCUAUAGCAGCACUAUUUGAUAGUUUUCUGGAAAAAAUUCUUGAUGAGCAUGAGCAGUCAAAGGAGGAUAAGCAAACCAAGGACUUUGUUGACACCAUGUUGGACAUCAUGAAAUCUGGAGAGGCAGAGUUUAAGUUUGAUCGUGGCCAUGUCAAAGCUACUCUACUGGACAUGUUUGCUGGUGGAAUAGACACUGCUGCAACUGCCAUCGAAUGGCUAUUCUCUGAACUCUUGAGAAAUCCACGAGUAAUGAAGAAAGUUCAGAAAGAACUGGAAGAAGUAAUUGGUACGGACAAGAUGGUGAAGGAAUCAGAUCUAGAAAGCUUAAAAUACUUGGAUAUGGUUAUCAAAGAAUCCUUCAGGCUUCACCCAGUGGCACCGUUAUUACUCCCUCAUGAAUGCAUAGAGGACUGCACCAUUGAUGGCUUUUAUAUUCCUAAGAAGUCCCGAAUAAUCGUGAACACAUGGGCUAUAGGCCGGGAUCCCAAGGUAUGGAAAGAUGCAGAAACUUUCAACCCAGAAAGAUUUGUUGGGAGUACUAUAGAUCUUCGAGGACGUGAUUUCGAACUUCUUCCAUUUGGCUCUGGAAGAAGAGGGUGUCCUGGAAUACAAUUGGGUCUCACUGUCAUGCGCCUAGUGGUAGCUCAAUUGUUGCAUUGUUUUGAUUGGGAUCUUCCUAACGGAAUGCAGCCAUCAGAACUUGACAUGACUGAGGAAUUCGGGCUCGUUGUUGCAAGGGCUACGCACCUUGUGGCCAUUCCUACCUGUCGCCUUCACCAAAGCUAGGCGCCUAUCAAGUAAUACCGCUUGCUAUAAACAUUACAUCCUAUACUUAUGUUUAUGUAGUACUUCAUUGAAGUGUCUUGUACACAGGAACACCUCUUAUGUACUCAAAUGAAAAUGCAUUGAGAAAAUAUGAUUCCUUUUGUUUUAUUGCUUGGCCUCAAUCAUUCAUAGCAAGUAGUUUAGUUUUAUACUCACCAUCAGAUUCUUAAAUUUAGUUUAAAUUGUAACAAGUGCCUAAAAAUAGUCACAGAGAGCGAGAGGUCCCGGUAUUACACUGCGGCAAAUUCUGAUGAAACUAUUUGUGUAUAAAGGUAACUUAUGAUAUUUGGUGAA